AUGACAGAAGAAAAGAAAGAUAAUGGAGCAGCCAAACCAACAACUGCCAAGACUGCAUCAGGUGCAGCUUCAGCAGCAACAACACCACAAGAAGAAGAGGAUAUGAAGAGUUACUACUACCCAGAAAGAGAGGCCAACUUGGGAGAGGUAAAGAGAGGAUACGGUGUGUGGCGUAGCAACACGAUACUCAGCAUGAUUAUGAUUCUCGUGCCUGUUAUCGCUGUCAACCUCUACUAUGUCUAUGGCAAGUCGGAUCUCUUUGUUGACGUCUUUUACAAGUUUAGCGAGAUGGUUUUACAAGAGUUUGAGUCACAACCCAAGACCAUCUACUUGAUCAUCUCGGUAGCAUUCCUCACACUGAUGUUGUUGGUACUCGUCAUCUCGGUCGUCAUGUCAAAGCGUCGUCGUCCAGUAUACCUAGUAGACUUUGCCGUCUUCCAACCACCCGAACAAUACAAGAUCACCCACGAGUUCUUUUGCAAGCAUACUGAACAGGUUGGAUGGUUCGAACAAGAGUCAAUCGACUUUCAAAAGAAGUUGUUGUAUCGUACCGGUUUGGGCAAUGACACCUACUUCCCAGGCGGUAUCACCAAGGAGCAACCAGACACUAGUAUGGCAUCGGCUCGUGAAGAAGCCAUGCUCGUCUUGUCGGGUUGUCUCGACGACCUCUUUGCCAAGACCAAGAUAAAGCCACAAGACAUUGAUAUCCUCAUUGUCAACUGCUCUCUCUUUAACCCAACCCCAUCUCUUGCCGCCAUGAUGAUGAACAAAUACAAGAUGCGUCACGACUGUCUCUCUUACAAUUUGGCUGGUAUGGGUUGUUCUGCCGGUGUCAUCUCGAUCGAUCUUGCCAAACAACUCCUUCAAGUUCACAAAAACGCUGUUGCCGUUGUCCUAUCUACUGAAAAUAUUACUCAAAAUUGGUAUCGUGGAAAUGAUAGAUCAAUGUUGGUAACAAAUACAUUAUUUAGAAUGGGAGGAGCAGCAAUUAUGCUUUCAAACAAACCAAAGUAUUAUUGGACUGGAAAGUACAAGUUGAUUGCAUCGGUUCGUGUUACCAAGGCUUGCGUAGAUGAUUCUUAUCAAGCAGUCUUCCAAAUGGAAGAUGAUAAGGGUAACCGUGGUGUACGUCUUGCAACUGGUCGUAAUUUGUUGGUAGCUGUCGGAGACGCUCUCAAGACCAAUCUUACUAUUCUCGGUCCAAUGGUGUUGCCAUGGAGUGAACAAAUCAAAUUCUUUUUAAAUUUGUGUCAACGUAAGCUUUCGUCUAAAAAGAUUCAACCAUACGUUCCAAACUUUAAAAAGGCGUUCCAACACUUUUGUAUUCACGCUGGUGGUCGUGCCGUCAUUGACGGUCUUGAGCAAAACCUCAACCUCACUCCACGCGAUGUCGAACCAUCACGUGCCACCCUCUACCGUUACGGUAACACCUCGUCUUCAUCUAUCUGGUACGAACUCAACUAUAUCGAAAAGCAACACCAUGUCAAGCGUGGUGAACGUGCUUUCCAACUUGCUUUUGGUAGUGGUUUCAAGUGUAACAGUGCCGUUUGGGAAGCUUUACACGAUAUCUAA